GAGUCUGUGACACAUUCACGCAUCAGGUCCGGACAGACAUGCAAACAUCGCAUUCUGUGUUCGGAAGUCGAUUCCGCGCAGGCCUGGUUCGUCUGAAAGGAGCCCACAGUUUGUUUUAAAGAAGAGGAUAGCCGCUGACAGCAUGGACGAAGUGGAUUAUCUGCAGCAGUACGCCGCUGACAGCCUGCCGUUUGAAGAAAAACCAGAGAUCAAACCGCUCGGACUCCAUCAGCUGCAGGAUGCUGAUAUUAACCGAGCCGAUGAUAUUCAGCAACUUGUGGUGAUCAAAGAAGAGGCUCCAUGGGACCAGCAUUACUCGGAACACCUCCACAUAAAGACGGAGCAGGAGGAACUGUGGGCCAGUCAGGAGGGAGAGCACCUUAACGGGUUCGAGGAGACUGAAAUCACCGGGUUUCCAUUCAAUAUUCUAGUAAAGAGUGAAGAUGAUGAAGAGAAACCUCAUUUUUCACAGCUUCAUAAAAGCCAAACUAAAGACUGCACGGCGGCUGAGCCUCCAAGCAGCAGCUUGACUAAAUGGAUUAAGAUAGAAACUUACGGAGAGGACGGUAGAUCACUAGAACUAGCCAGGAAACCUGAUCCCAGUACUCAUUUACAAACAAAUAUUGUUAAAGGGGCUUCUGACUCUUCAGAGACGGAGGUCAGUGAUGAGGAUUGGCAGGGCCCGUUGUCAGAUUCUGGACCUGAAACUGAAGACAGUGAAAAUGGAAAGCUCGAGUCGGGCAUUCCUAGUGAGGCGGGACAUAACACUCCGAAAAAAAACUUUAGCUGCUCUGCGUGCGGUAAACAUUUUGUCUACAAGCAGUCUCUUAAGAGGCACAUCAGACGUAAUUCAGAAAAUGGUUCUUCUGGCUGUUUGGAUAACAUGAAAUGUUUUAAACGGAAGCAAAGCAUAGACUCGCACAUCAAAAUUUACACGGGAGAGAAACCGUUUGGCUGUGGGUUCUGUGGCAAAAGAGUUAAGUACCUGUACAAUCUUAAAUCGCACAUGAGGGUCCACACGGGAGAAAAGUUAUUUGGCUGUGACAUUUGUGGAAAAAGGUUUACGCAUCACCAGAACCUGAAGACGCAUGUGACAAUCCAUUCAGGGGAGAAACCGUUUGUGUGCGAUAUUUGUGGCAAAAGAGCAAGGCAUCAGAAUAAUCUAAAGAUACACAUGAUAGCCCACACAGGAGAAAAACCGUUUGGGUGCGACGACUGCGGUAAAAGAUUUAAACGGAAGACUCAUCUGACGACGCACAUGACCGUCCACACGGCAGAAAAGCCAUUCGGCUGCGACGUGUGCGGCAAAAGAUUUAACCGCAAAUCCCACCUUAGGACGCACAUGAUCGUUCACACGGGGGAGAAACCGUACGGUUGCGAUGUUUGCGGCAAGAAAUUUAACCGAAAAACGCACCUGGAGUCUCACAUCACGGUUCACACAGGAGAGAAACCGUUUGGUUGCGCCAUUUGUGAUCAAGGAUUUACCCAGCAGGGAAGUUUAAAUCGACAUAUGAGAUUUCACUUGGGGUAGAAACGCAGUCACAGAGUUUGGUCUGAAAGGGUCAAAGUGUCGCGGAAAGCCACAGCAGAGGCUCUGAGAAUUAUUGCUCUCUUCAUCUGUGUCUACAAUUUUAGAGACUAUCUUUUUGUUUUUGUAAUUAAUCUUUGUUGGGAUUCUUGACCUUUUAUGUUACAAGUUAAGAAUUGUGGCAGCACAGAAAGAAGCUCCUGGAUUUGAACCCACUUGUGUGGAUGCCCUUCGGCUUCCUCAGGGUACCCCAGCUUUGUGCCACAGUCAGAGGACAUGCUUGUUAGAUAAAUGGGUAACUCUAAAUUUGCCUUAACUGUGAAUGAGUGUCUCUGGUUGUCUGGACAGGCCCUGUGGCCCUCUGUGAGAGCUGUUAGGGCUCCAGCCCCACAACCCUGCACUGGAUUGGCAAGAGCAGUUAAAGUGAUCGGCUGUAAUGACAUCAUUUAUGGAUUCAGUCGUCUCCUGCGUUGGAUGAGGCUCUGGUCUCUUUAUCGUCCUGCAGUGCUUUUUUUUUUGUUUGUUUGUUUGUUUGUUUUGUAGGUGUCCCAAAACUAUUUACUGGCCAUUCUUGGCCCCUGCUUCAUGAAACACGACUUUAAAUAAAACUUUAAAAACCUGUGGCUCACAGUGUCCUGGAGCCUGCAGAAGACUCUCUUUUGAGCUGAUGCAAGACUUCAGUGUGGAGCAUUAACAAGUAAUCUGUUGUUGUGGAUGGAAUGUCUCUUCCUGCCAUAUGAUGGCAUUUGUCUCAGCCAAACAAACGUUGUCUACGCUGGGAGAAUUUGGAUUAUUGUUAACUCUGAGGUGCCUCCGAUUUUGUUUGCUUUCUCUGAGCAUUUGGAGCGAGAAAUGACGACUGAAGUCAGACUCAUCGAGCGGAUGGUUUACAAGGCGCAGCGCUCCACCAGCUGGAAAGCUUAAGGCAGUCAACAAAGUUUGACCACAAAAUUAAUUCUGUUUUGUACGUUUGUCUCCAGCUGUCACAGCUGCACUGAUUCAGCACUUGUAUCUCCUAAUCCAGCCGUUAUUUUUCAUUUAUUCAUCAUUAUUUAUAAUUAUUAAUCUUUAUUUUUUUAUUAUUUUGAUUAACCUAAUGAUCAUUGGAGAAAAAUGUUUCCCUCUGUGCCAUUUUGUUUGAGAUAAUUGACUGAAUUUGGGAGAACACACUGCAGUGCUUUGAUUCAUGGAUUAUAAUCCUGAAAAUUUCAAUAAUUUCCUAAAUGAUGAUCAAAAAUAAAUGUAACAUUUUGGCUGAAGAUGAUGAAUUGAAAAAUAUUAAUUUAAUAUUUUGUAUUUAUUGGAUUCCUUAAUUGAAUUUAGGUGAAAGUUACCUAAUUAGUAUUUGAAAUUAUUUUUAGGGGAAAAUUUACACUUAAAAAAAAAAGAGAUAAUGAAGGAUUUUUUUUUUUUUAAAUCAAUUUUGAGUUGAACCAACAUGUAGCGUCAUUAGCAGCUUUGCACUUUAAGUUUUUUCCACAUUGAUUUCAGCCCCGAGCUUUGAGUUUUGACUUGACCACCACAUUGGUUUGUCCAGCAGAUGGCAACAGUGUGACAAAAAAAGAGAUGCAAGGCUGGCACUCUGUUUGCUGUUGUAUACUUGUGUUGUUCAUGCAUCUUUAGUUAUUAAUCAAGUCAAGACAAUAGCUUGUUUAUUAUACAUUUGAAAGAAUGACAGUGUUACAUUAAAGUGUGUAAAUCAAAAUAAACCCUUUUC